ACAACCUCGGCUAGUGUCCGCUUUCUCAGCUCAAGUCAAGCACAAGCCUCAGUCAGUCAUCCCCGUCGGCUGGGUCUGGGACCGAGAAAUUUGCCUGCUUCUUCUUCAACCUCCAGACGAAGCUUACCAGUUCCAGCUCCCAUGUUUCUCGCUCCACCAAUGGUGAGAAACACCGCCACGUUGUCAAAAUUCUAUCAAGAAAACAUUUCCUGCGACUGUGGUCACAUGCGCGACCCUGAAGACGCUAAUGUUCUAAAGAAAACGUGAAACAUCGUUGAUGUGGUGUUUUAAAUUAAACCAAAUGGCGGCCCCAAAUUUUUAACCAAAAAAGGGAAAAAACAAAUGGCUAUCUUACGUGCUUCCUGUCGUCACUUCUCGUCUCGUCACCCUACGGCUCGCUAUUGAAAUGAUGAAAUCCUUCCUUUCUGACAUGGCAACACCGGUUCUUCACGGGUUAGUCAUGCCGACAGCCAUCGCCACCAAAAGCUCGCGCAAGGUCGCCGUGAUCGGUGCCGGCGCAGCUGGCCUCGUGGCGGCUAGAGAGCUGCGCAGAGAAGGCCAUAACGUCGUAGUCUUCGAACGGAGCGAUCGGGUCGGAGGGACUUGGGUCUACGACGCCAACGUCGAAUCCGAUCCAAUGGGACUCCACCCUUCUCGGGCCAUCAUCCACUCCAGUCUCUACGACUCUCUGCGUACCAAUCUCCCUCGGCAAGUCAUGGGCUUUCUCGAUUUCCCGUUUGUUGUCAGAGAUGGAAAAGACAGGGACCCUCGAAGGUUUCCCGGCCACCGAGAGGUCUUACUCUAUCUGGAGGAUUUCGCGCGACAUUUCGAACUCACUGGAUUGAUACGGUUUGACACUGAGGUGUUUCAUAUUGGUCUGGUAGAGGAAGGAAAGUGGAUACUAAGGUCCCGCAAGAGAACUCGAACUGAUACUGAUGCCCAGGACGAUUUGUGGAUCGAAGCGGGUGAGAUUUAUGAUGCUGUUGUUGUAUGUAACGGGCACUAUACAGAACCCCGAAUUGCGGAAAUUCCAGGUGUUGAAACUUGGCCAGGGAAACAAAUGCAUAGCCACAAUUAUCGCAUUCCUGAGCCAUUCCGUGAUCAAGUUGUGGUUUUGAUAGGAAGUUCUGCUAGUGCUGUUGACAUUUCCAUGGACAUUGCUGUUGUUGCCAAAGAAGUUCAUAUUUCUUCAAGAUCUGCAACUCCUGGAGAAAUUGGAAAGCUGGCUGGAUAUGAUAAUAUGUGGCUUCAUUCUAUGGUUGAAAGAGCUCAAGAAGAUGGCACAGUGGCAUUCCAAGAUGGGAGUUUUGCCCAUGUUGAUGUCAUUCUGCACUGCACAGGGUACAGAUAUCAUUUUCCUUUUCUGGAGAUGAGGAAUAUCCUUAGUGUGGAUGACAAUCGUGUAGGACCACUAUACAAGCACAUAUUUCCUCCAUCUUUAGCUCCAUGGCUCUCCUUCAUUGGACUACCUUUUAUGGUUGUUCCUUUCCCUUUGUUUGAAUUACAAAGCAGGUGGGUAGCGGGUAUUUUAUCAGGUCGGUUUACACUUCCAUCAGAAGAAGAAAUGAUGGAAGAUGUGAAGGACUUCUAUUCAAAGAUUGAAUCUGCUGGCUGGCCCAAGCGAUACACUCAUAAGAUGGGAGAUUCCCAGUUUGUGUAUAAUGACUGGCUUGCCACCCAGUGUGGAUGUUCAGGCAUAGAGGAAUGGAAAAUUCAGAUGUAUCAUGCCAAUCGAAAGAACAGGGUAGACCGACCAAAAACAUAUCGUGAUGUAUGGGAUGAUGAACAUCUGAUUCUACAAGCAGAUGAAUACUUUCGUCAGUACUCAAAUGGAGGUAACAUGUGAUAAAGCGGAAAAUACAGAGGCUUCUAUGACUCAAGCUGGAAAUAGUCCGCAUUAACCAUUUCCUUGCAUCGGAGUUGCUAUUUCCAUUGCUAAAGAGACCACGAUGACAAAUUAAGGCCUUUAGAUGGUGAAUGUUUCAACCAUUUGCCUUCACGAUUCUUGUAUCACCUAUUGUUAUUGGGGCCACUCCUUGAUUCUUGAAGAUAUGCUUAUUUUUACUCUUAGAAUCCAAUAUAUGAUGUCUUAGUGAUCUUCCUAUUUAUGAAUCUUUUGAACAAAAGCUUGAGAAUUUAUCCAAGAAAGGAGAAAGAAUUGAGUGAA